GGCGCAUUGCGCAGCAGGGCCGUGCCAGCCGUGUUUACUUGCGCAUUAGCAUGGACUUGUACUCUAUUGUUUAUGUGUUCUGUGCUGUUUUGACAUGAUACACUGACGUGACUGCGUGUUUUCAGCAGUGCUAAAGAAGUGCAAUAGGAGGAUGUUUCUUAUGUGCCAUGGCCACAGCUUCUGAAGCUUUCCGUGCGAUUUACAUGCGGUCUACAGGUCACUCCCCGCGGGGAAAAUGAAAGAACCGCAAAUGAUGGUUGGCCGCAAGCAUUUUUGCUCGUUUGUCUCACACCAGUGCGCAUCUACAUGUGCCGCGUGUUCCCAAAAUGGAGUGUGAGCUCAAUGAACUAAGGCAACUAAGGAUAGGCUAGUCAGGCGUCGUCUGCUCGCUCGUUUGAUGGAGUCGUACCGACGGAAGCGAAGAGACGCCUUCCGAUUGCUGUCAGCGGGGCGCCUCGUGGGCCGCCGUUGGCGUCUGUUCCAGAGGACUCCGCAGCAAGAAGGCGAUCUGGUGCUGACGUUCGCAGCUAAUGCAGAUGCUUCGGUGGUGGAAUGGUUUCAGGAAAGGCUGAACAGAAAAGUUCCGCAGCUCACUGUCCGGCUCUGUCGGCACCCACAGAUGGGCCAAGUGGCACUUUACUGCAGUCCGGCUGCUGAACACCUGCUUCUUUCUGGGGCUGAAGAGUUGCAGCUGCGCAAGCGCUUGCGCCCUGAAUGGGGAGGUGGCAACCGGGAGUUCACUUGUGCUGAGAAGGACUGCUUCGAAGGGAGUGGUCAGCUGAGUGCCCAGGAGCGGCAACGUGUGGUGCUGCACUGGCUGAGGGAAGGUCUACGUGCCUCUGGACCAGGGGACCAUCCGGGCCCACCAUCAGGCCAUCACACACCUUGCCUCGAGGGCCAAUGUCUUGUGGAGUGGUGCCUUGCAGAAGGCUUGCUCAGUCAGCUGGUGGCACUGCAUUCUACCAAGGAGUUAGAAUGGCUCAAGAAACAUUGGGUGCUGGCUUUCUUUCGGCUGCAGCCACUAGAACGUGUGCGGAACUACUUUGGUGCCAAAGUGGCCAUGUACUUUGCCUGGCUGGGCCACUACACCUGGUCCCUGGCCGUGCCUGCCAUUGUCGGCCUGCUGGUGGGCCUCUCCUGUGGCUCGCACGGAGAACAAGCACAGGAGGACGCAUGCUUGGUGGGCUUUGCGCUGCUCAACAUGCUCUGGGCGACUGUCUACCUGGAGCUGUGGAAGCGCUACUCAUCGGAGCUGGCCUACCAGUGGGGCACCCUGGACGAGCAGAGUGAGCUGCUGGUGGAGCCCAGGCCUCAGUUCAGGGGUGAGCCCCGCCGAAGUCCCGUGACAGGGCGCUUAGAGCCCAGCUAUCCUGCCUGGAAGAGACACCUGUUCCGGUACCUGGUGACACUGCCAGUGGUGGCUGGCUGCCUUCUGAUUGUAGUGCUGGCCGUCUUCCUCAUCUUUCAACUCCAGCACUGGUGGGAUGAGUGGCGUGUGCAAAGGCACUUCCUGGGGAACUUCUCCUUCUUGCCUAAGAUACUGCUGGCUGUGGUGAUCCACGUGCUAGACACCGUCUACUACCGCAUUGCUCUCUGGCUUAAUGACAUGGAAAACUAUAGGCUGGAUCAGGACUACGAGGAUCAGCUGAUUAUAAAAAUUGCAGUGUUCCAGUUUGUCAACUCGUUCCUGUCACUCUUCUACAUUGCCUUCUACCUCCAAGACAUGGAGCAGCUUCGAGAGCAACUUGCAACACUGUUGAUCACACGUCAAGUGCUUGGAAACAUCAAGGAGAGUGUCAUACCAUUCUUGGUGGAGAGGCUGCACUUGGCUUGCCUCGAGUUGAGCAGCAGUGAAGACUCGCCAUCGAGUGUGACACCUGAAGACAGUCCAAGCUGCAGCAGUACGUCGACACCCAAAUUGAGCCAGGGUGAAACGGAGUGUGCCAUGUUCAAGUACGAAGGCACUUUUGAGGACUACCUGGAAAUGUUCAUCCAGUUUGGCCACGUGACCCUCUUCUCUUCGGCAUUUCCGUGGGCUGCCCUGUGCGCCUUGCUGAACAACCUGGUUGAAGUGCGCAGUGAUGCCUUCAAGCUGUGCUUUGUCUUCCAGCGCCCCUUUGCUCAGCAGGCCAACAGCAUCGGCACCUGGCAGGUGGCCAUGGAGGUCAUGGGCAUGCUGGCGGUUGUAGUAAACUGUGCACUGAUGGGCACCCUUGGUCAGGUGCAGCGGCUCUGGCCUUCACUUACACCUCUUGAGGUGUUGCUUGGUCUAGUGGUGCUAGAGCAUGUGGUUUUGUGCAUCAAGUUUGCCAUUGCUUAUGCCAUUCCUGAUGUUCCUGAGUGGGUUGCUACCGAGAUGGCCAAGACAGAAUUCCACCGAAGAGAAGCUGCCAAGGAUGCUAAGCUGACCACAGCUACCAGGGCAACCUGCACUUCUGAGGAUUUCCUCAGCCCCGAACAUCGGUGCCUGUGGGAUCCGUUGAGCACUAGCGAGCUGGAUUCAGCCAGCCAACCAGGCUCCCUGCCUGGCUGGGUGGGACGGCUUCUGCGCAUGCCCGUCACCAAACCGAGACAGAGGCGACGCACCAUGCCCACAUCCCAACAGUAACAGCUGCAUCACUGGGGCCGACUGGCACUUCUUUUUGGGUAGGCCUGUAAACAGAGCUCACCAGCAUUGAUGCUAACAGGUAUUCAAAGCAGAUGUGUAAUCGAAAGCCCUUGGUUGAAUUCAGCUUCCUCUCACUCCUUACGUGGAAAGCGUAAUUAGAGUGUUCUGGCAGUUCGCACAAGAGUUUUUGGAAGUUGUACAUGGGUAUCACAAUGAAAGAACAACGACAACCUCACACUGCACGCGUAGCUUGUGAUGGGACAAAAGCAUGAUACUAUCACUAAUGUGUGAUAAUAGUACAUGAGUGGUGGAUGCCGGCACUUUUUGCUCAAGUAUACAUAUUCUUAAGGUUGUGUUAUGUGUGUGUACAUCAGAUUGCAUUAGGUCAAUCCAAAGCAAAGUGUGCAGGUUGUUGCAAUGCAAGCUUGCUGCAGACCACUAUAGAAGCCAGGGCAUUGAUAUCGAGUAGUAGCUGGUUCAAUGUGCGCACAGUUUGGCACACUAGAGUGGCGUUUCAGGCCACGCUCAGGUACUAAAGCUCACUUGUACUUAGUUCCGGCAAUGGUGGCAUGCACUUUCACUUCAGAGUGACAGCAGCUGAAUAAUGAUUGCAGGCAUAUGUGACCAGAUUGCACCAAUAUUAAAUUUCAGGCAGCCUUGGUGGUACGGUGGUUACAGUGCUCGGCUGCAGACCCGAAUGUAGCGGAUUUGAACUCGGCCAUGAUGGUCCCAUUUCAAUGGAGGCGAAAUGCUUGAGGCCCUUUUACUUCGAUUUAGGUGCACAUUAAAGAACCCCAGGUGGAUGAAAAAUCCUUCCACUACAGCGUCCCUCAUAAUCAUAUCAUGGUUUUGACACGGAAAACUGCAGAUUUAUUAACAUCAAAUUACAAUAUGAAUCAAAAGAUGAUUCUGUCAUUGUUAGAUGCAGUGUUUAAACUCUGCAUAGGUAUCUAUGCAGCGUUUUAAGAACUUAACAGGGUCCUGAAUUAGCACUAAAUACAAGGACUAUGAUCCUUGUCUACAGUAUUGGCUCUAUGCUUUGCUGUGGUGUCAUUUUGCAUGCCACAGUUUUUACAUUUAUACAGCACAGAACCAUAUGAAAGGUGUAACAGGAGUAUUUGUUGCAUGAAAGUUGUCUGUGGAAACAUUGGUGUUCUAAUAGCGUUAUAUGACAGUAUUGUUUUACCAUUACUGGCUGUUGUUCAGCACACUGUAACCUUGCAAGUAGGCUAAUCAACUACACACUGCCGUGUGUUCUGCAACACUGCUUCAGACCCUUCUUCUGUUUUUUUUUUUUUUUUUUCACUGUGCAUGUUGGUCAUAUUCAGUUGUACAAAGUCAUAAAAGCAUGAUCAAGCAUUGCAUCAGGGAUUCUACAUAGUUGGUUCUAUUGCUAGUGGCACUAACUCAGCGAUUUGUCAAGUGGAAUAAGACCAUAGAGUUUCCUACAAUACUUACUAGAGGGAACUUUGGCGCUAGUGUGUAUGGGAGCUGCAAUGCAUGGUGCUUCAGCCAGCACGGGAAUGAUGGGUAGUACACGGAUUUGUCUAAACUUCGUUCUUUCGGCUCUGUUUGGCUACGCGUCGCCUGCAUCCGCUUUGUAGCAAGACGAAGUUCAGCAACAGUCAGCAGUUCCACUUCACCACUUUAACCUUUUAGGCUCACCAUUCCAAAUCUGGUCAUGAAGUUCACAACGAUCCAACAAAGCCACAAGUGCGUUUGAAGCUCGCAAGUACGAAGGCUAGGCAAAUCCGUGUACUACCCAUCAUUCCCAUGGUGGCUGAACGAUCGCAGCGCCAGAGUCCCCCUAGUUAGUUUUAGGAAACUCUAUGGAUAAGACCACAAACAUUUUUUUUUCUUUUGUCUGAAGCCAAACUGUCUUUGCAAUAAUUUUACUGUAGUGCUGCUAGUGAUGCAAUAUAAUACAGCAUCUUAACUAUGACAGGUUUCUUGUAGGGGUGUGCGAAUAUUUGAAAUUUCGAAUAUUUUUCUAAUAGUGUUUGCUAUUCGAUUCGACUCGCACUGGAAUUUUACUAUUCGAACUAUUCCAACUUCCCAAAAACAAAUACAGUCAACGUCCGAUUGAAAGUGACCCCUUCAGAUUUUCAAUAUGCUUCACCUCAUCACACCCUCGUAUUGCGGCAAAGCUGCCUUUCAAACUCCGUUACGGUCGAACUUUGCCAAGACACAGUCAACGUCCAAUUGGAAGUAGUCCUUAGAUUUUCAAUAUGCUUCACCUCAUCACACCCUGGUAUUGUGGCAAAGCUGCCUUUCAAGCUCUGCUACGGUCGCAAAUGUACUAACUCAAGGAAACACUGUUUCCAACGUGGAGAUGAAAGAUGUGGCAGAGGUGGGGGCUCAAUUAAUGCUGUUUUGGACCUGAAAUUUGGGCAGGAAGCCUGAAAAAUUGGAAGCCGAAGCUUUUUAGCAUCCAAAAUUUCAGAUGUUCUUAUAUAUCGACGUCUACGAGGCAGAUUUGGAACUCCAGACUUGAAGAGAGCACACCCUUGUCAGCCACAUCAUUUGGGCUUCCACAGAAGUUGAAAGAGGAGGAGAGGCUGAGCAAAUGGCAUCUUUGCCUAUCACGUGUAAAGUGUUGUCGGCAACACUUUGGUCGCACCAAAUCAUGUACAUAAAUAGAAUUCGGCCUCUACAUUGCUUCAUUCUUGAUAAGACAACUAUGAAACACCACCCCGCCAGUGCUUCAUCAACCUAGCGAAAAGAAACACUUUCACGUUGCUAUAUCAUAAGAAUAUGCUUAGGAAUCCUCUCUUAACUUUUUUUUUUCUGCAAUUUCACUUCGAAGUAUUAGAAAAAGUAUUCUAGAAAUAUUAGAGAAAUAUUAGAGAAAUAUUCGAAAAAUAUUCGGUUCGAUUCGCACUCACUUCAAUAUUCGAAUUCGCUUCGCACCCAAAAUUUUGCUAUUCGCACAGCUCUAGUUUUUUGUUUUUCUGAACUUAUACUGACUGACAACGAAGCAGGCUACUGGCACCAAGUGCUGCUGCAUGCCCCCUUUCUUUCUUUUGCAAUUUUGAAGACUACAUGCACUAGGAAGGUUCAGCUGAGAUGGACGUCUAGUUAAACCUCAUUUCUGAAACGUCCCUGUCAGCUGUACUGUGUAACAAGGGUAGCUUGACAAUGGUUCAGGAGUUCUUAAGUGUAGUUUCUGCAUCAAAUCAGUAAAAGCAUUGAGAUUUCAGGAUGCAAGUCUUGAAAUAAGGGCUCAAAGUAUUAGUAGCAGUAUCAGGUGUCAGUUGUCAUCAUUGAAAUUUAUCAGUAGUCUUUCUUCAAAGAACAGUUGCAAUAUGUCAGAACAUGCAUGGAUAUUGCUAGGAGCAGUACAUUACAUUGGUUUUCAAUCGUAUCAUGUGUUUAGCCUGCAGUCUCCUUUUCCAACUAUGCCAGAGUGAAUGCUCAUUGAAAGAACUGUUAAGUUACACUGUAGCUGCUCUCUGCUAUUUGCUCAUUUUCUUUUCUUACAUCUUGUGAGGCAUUGGCAAUUAGGCAAAUAAUCAAUGCUGCUUAACCUUUUGUUGGACACAAGGCAGUAAAUGUUACAAUUAAAAUGGCUGGUUGGGCGAGUUGGUGAUUCAUAUUACUCAAAAUAUGAGCGCGUAACUUAAAUAGGGACUUGGGAAGACAAUUAAGGACAAGCGCAUACUACCAACUGAAUGUUUAUUAUUACCAAAUAAACAUUCAGUUGGUAGUAUGCGCUUGUCCUUGUCUUCCAAAGUCCCCGUGUUACGCACUCGUAUUUUAAGUGUAAUGUUACAAUGUUAUAAACAUUUUAAGUUAGCUGUUGUUCACUUCUUCAUUGCAGAAAAGCAAAUGCAAAAGCUGAAAAGUGUUACUGAGAAAAAAGUGGGACCACUUUCCAGUUUGUUCACGUGAAUCAUGUGGGACCCAUCUGUCCCGCCUGAGGCAGUUCACCUCUAGACGAAAUCGCUUUGAUGUCGGAACACUUGAAGCUGAUGCAUGCGGUCCAUCCGAAUAUAAGCCCUCCAUGUGUCAAUGGCACCCAUCCUUUUCAAUGUGUCUGCUCAGCGUAAAGGUUCAUCUGCUUGACACGGUGGUCCAGCGGCCCAUGGUAAAAAUAAAAAUACAGUGUGAGUGCAGUGAGGGUAGCGCUCGUGUAACUAAGCCUUUGGGAGGCGUUGAAGCAGUGGUUUGUGGGUGCAGGUAUGCUGACUAAUUGUAGACACAUCCCAGUAAGUUCAGUGUCAGCUACUGAAAUGGUGGCUUUGCCUUUUUUCACUUCCUUUUACACGCGUACGAUGGACCCGAUCAUUUUUCUGCAUGCUCAAGCAGCCAGUGGGAGAUCACGGCCCAGGAUCACUGUUUUUCUUGCAUUACUCAUCACAUGCUAGUUCUUGAACUUGUCUUCAGUGCUACUCCUCAUUAUCGCUGUUGCCAGUGCUCUCUGGCAAGCUCACCUAUAUUUGACGUGUUUCUUAAGUGGUGUACCAGUUCUCGCAAUGAGACCUUCUUGCAGGCUGGUUGGUUCACAUCGAAUGGGUGGCAUACUGCGCAAGCACGAAGCAAGGAAGCAGACAGGUGCUCUUUGCCAUCACUUUUUCUGCUUCCUUCCUUCACGCUUGCACAGCACACCACCCGCAUCAUUUUUCCUUAUCUUCAGAAAAAAAAAAAAGAGCAGUACAGACUGAACAGACCCAUGCCAUGCUUUCAUCACGCUAGUCCUAACCUGCAACAGUUGAAUUGCACUGCUUUUUUGUAAAACACAUUGCAUAUAUCUGUAUGCAUUUAAACACCACGUGAUAUGGCUGUUCGUUGCUUGUAGGUGGUUACUGCAGUGCAAGAAAGGCAAAAUUUACUGUCAGGCACCUUUUCUUCCUUGGUGUACCUCACAAAAACGCGAGAAAUUCUAACUGUGGAAGUGAAAAAAGAAAAAAAAAUGUGAGGUGUCUUGUAGCACGAUUUUAUAAUGCCAGAACUUUAUGAAAAUGAAUGCAGAAUGUUGUAGAAUAUUUGAUAGUUGGAAGGAGAGGCCAGAGUCGGAUAGUCCUAGCUCUGUCAUGUAGCUACAGUGGCGAGAACGUGAAAUAAAAAGUAGGACGUCUAUGGUCCGCUGUCCAACAAAGGGUUAACAGGUGAAAGGUGUGGAUAUGCUCGUGUAUAUGUGCUCAUGAAGUGGUCAUGACAUAUUGGGGCAGCAUUCGGAUAAAAAAGUUGCGCAUUGUCUGAUGACAUGUGGCGUACCACUCAUUAAAUGUGUGGUUGGUCCAGAAACUCACUGCAUGUUGCAGCUACAGUAAGGAAGCAAAGUGUUGCCAUAUUUAUUUUAAGUCUUUCAAUCUUACCGCAAUCAGCCAUGAACAUGACCAUGAAUUCUCCAAAAUAUACAACUGAAGCUCAUGUGCGCUGAAAAUCCAUGAUGUCACUGUGGCAUUGCAGAAAGUUUUCUCUCUCAACUACAUUACCAUAUCACUUGUGCUUGUUCCCCUUACUGUCUUCCUCUUGCUGCUAAGCUUUCACGCUUGUGCUUGUUCAUGUUUGUGGCUAAUAUAGCCACUAAAUAAACAGGGUGGUGGUCUUUGUUCAGGGUGAUUUUGUUCUUCAGGACGUUGUCGUAAGCUGUUCUAAGUACAACACACAACAUCCUGUGACUUCACAGUUGCUGCUUGUUGUUUUAAAGUAGACGAAACUGAAAGGGGCCCUGCAACACUUUUUGAGCAUGGUCAGAAAACCCUGCCAAUCGGCAGCCGAUGCUCCCGAGAACAUGUGAGCUAAACAUUAUAGUGCAGCACGCGGCCUGGAAUUUACAAGCGAAAAAUCGCUCGCGCUUCUCUUGCGCUCGUGACCACACGGAGAGUAAGCCGCGCAUUCAGUGAAGAGAAGAGAGUGCUCAGGGUGAUGACGGAGCUUCCUGCCCCCUGUGUAGCUUUCAGUGUGCUGGCUGGUACGAGAGGAGAGAGAAAGCGCUUAAGGCAUGCGGCAAAUCCCUGUAACUCUGCUCGUACUUUAUGCAUUCUAAGAAUUUUGUGGCAGUCGAUUCGUGAGGCAAUAAACUCGUUCAAUGACGUCAUUCGAUAAUUACUUGGAAAAGUUUUGCAGGGCCCCUUGAAGUCCAGAUGUGUUCUUGUCUUAAAAAAGAAUACAGAUGCCCUCUAUUGCUUGCAUGUUUUAUGUAUUGAGGAAUUUUAUCGUGGCCAAUGUUUUAUAGCCCAAAUAUUAAUUGAAAUGUUACUCAUUCAGGGUUUUCAUGUCAUCUAAGAAAAAGUACUUUAAAAGCUUAGAGGUGGACUUGAAACACUUUAUUAAGCUUUCAUGUGCUGGCUUAUUUGUGUAGCAUUAAUUUAUAAAAAUAUCUGCAGGACUGAUGGUGCACAGACAGACAUGCUCUGGCUACCUGUAAUAUUCGGUCAUUCCAGUGACGCAGGCGGCCCUCCUCCGAAGCUGGUACACGGUGAUGUGACCGGCGUUGAACGUAGCUUCGCCUUCCUUCAAACAUCGUUGCAUUUCUUUAGCGAUAGAAAGUAUCGUCUGCAGUGAAACUAGAGGGCCCGAUGAGCUCUGCUGCUCGAGACGCACACGCUUGCAAGAUCGCCUCAUCUCUGUCUCGUCCGCCAUUUUGACCUACCGUUGCUGGAAUGAUAUAGUCGCUGGAGUGAUCGAAUACUAAAACCUCAAAGAAUGUGCUUCAGUAGCCGAAACAGUGCAGCAUAGGUAGGCAUUACGUGCUUAGGCAUUAAUUUUAUCCUGCCUAAGACCUCCAUUGAAGGCCAGCAGUAUGUAACAAAAUAAAUAAAUAAAUUAGGUGCGUCCAAAUUCUUGAAAGACCUAGUUCUACUGAAUUGAUGUUCAUAAACCUUAAUGUACGCAGAAUUUUGUACUUACUUUUACUAACAUGGUAUUACAGCAAAAAGCACAAGUACAAUCUUGAUGUCUUUGUUACUUUUGCAAUUUUUGCCAAAAAGCCCUGAUGGUUACGUACUAUUCUGGCUUGAAUAGCCAUACCAGAUUUAAAGCCUGUACUAGAGAACAACAAUGUGUAGUGCACUAGGAAAACUACAACUUACACUUUUCAGCAGUUUAUGGCUGUUUGUAUAACAUAUCAACUUGACAGGUGAAUGGUCAUUUCAUUAUUUUUUGCUCAAACCUGUCACAAUGCAAGGCAUUACUGGAAAGUCAUAGAGCAGUCAGAUACAUGACUGACAAUUGACCGUCACAUUUGCAGUUCUGCCUAGACCUUGCUUGUGAUUCAUUAAACUGUUUACACUGCAUGCGUUCCUUAAUUAUUCAAAACACAAUAUAAUUUGUCUUCUGCCAUAUUGCUUUCAGUCUUACAGAAUGCACAUUCACCUCACUUUUGUACCAGGUGUGCUUGAUAGUCUUAUCAGAUGUGCACUUUCCAGAUUGCUUUCUUCACUUUGCUGACCUGGUUCACAUCACAUUUUGUUAUCCCCUUGUUGCACCAUCGUGUGCUACCUUGUUUUUGUCAUGCUCUGUUUCAGCAAAGUGUUUAUUGCUCACUUCCUGAACUUACCAUAUUAUUCUUCAAAUAUGAUAUGUGUGGGUAUAAUUGUAUAACAAUUAUUUUGCACAAAAUCUCUCCCUUCGUAGUAUUUAUAGCUCUAGGUUGCACCUAUUUAUGGUGAUAGUAAUUCAGGCAAAGUGCUGCUUGGGUCCACAACAAAGCAUGCAAGAUUGUCGAGUUGGAAUAGAAUCAUUUGCUAUUCCAGCGCUGGAUUACUUUACGAUUCGGUGCUGCCUUUCUUUAGCAGUAAUUUCAGAGUUUGUGUUUUAAGGUAUACUUCUCAUUCAUGUGUUUGUUCUUUUCUUGGCAUUUCUCUAAACACUGCUGUCCUGUCUGCUCUUUUAAGUCUAUUGGUGACAGGAUUUCCAAAUACACUAUCGUUUUCAAGUGUGGCAGCAACUUGGUUUUUGCUGGGCUGUUUUGAAAGUGACAAAGAUUUUAUGGAUCUGUUUAGAGUAUGUAUACUCUAUCUCACAAGCUGGUUGCAGCCGGGUGGAAGUUACGAGGUGUAAGCAAGCCACAUGCUUUUGCAGCAGAACAUAGUUCUAUAUUUAAUUGCCUUAUAAUUGGCAAGCUUGAGACAACAGCGUUUGUUUGGCACAUGCUGCGUCACAGCAAUAUGUGAUAAGCUAAUCAUGAUUUGAAUGUACAUCGUAUGCCUGGAAUUACUGCCGCCGGUAAUUGUGACGUACAAACAUGGCAGCUCCUUACGCUGUGAUUCAACCUCACACUUGCCCACUGUGCAGACAGCAAUAAAUAAAUGAUUAAAUUGUCUAUCAUCUCACGCUGAAGUCAAAGCAUGUGUGCUUUGUCCUCAUUAUUGAGAUGAGCUGUUUGUUCAGCAAUGCAUGCUUAUCCCUAAGAAUUUGAGAAUGAAUCUUAGAAACUGCAAUUUUGUCACAAAUGCAUUGCUGUCAAUGUGUCAGGACCCAAAUUUAAUGCAAACACAAGCGUUGGCUUAUAACUUAGGGGCCACACAGCGCAUGACGACGACUUUAUAAAUUCAUCAAGAAACCAGCUUGGAUGGUUUCCUGGUGCUAUUGUUGCUGCUGAACACUGAGAGUGUGAGUUGCUUCCGUGUGCUCGCUUUACUCACCCAGUGCGUGAACACAGACACUGUGCAUACAACGCAGUGCAGAUGAAUACAUGUCAUAGCAAGGGAUUUUCGCUCUUCCUAUUGGCUAAGCAGCCACCACAGUGCUGCAGCCAGCUUGUGAGAUGACUGUAGAAGGCUUUAUUUCAUCGUUAUUAAUUUCUAAUAGGUAAAUUAAUUUAAUAAUGUAUUUCAUAUAUUCUCUUGCUAGCCACAACUGGUGAUUACGGUGCAUAUGUUCACAUUGUUAAGCUGUCUGCUAUUGGCCCUCCCUCUUCACUGGAAACAAAUAAAGUUACAAAUUUUCUCCCCA